GGAGACGGUGGUGGAGAAGAUGCUCACCAACUGGAUGUCCAUCUGUCUCUACUCCUUCCUCAAGGAGGUGGCUGGGGAGCCCUUGUAUAUGCUGUACAGAGCCAUCAAGUACCAGGUGGAUAAGGGACCAGUAGACGCUGUGACGGGGAAGGCCAAGCGCACCCUGAACGACAGCCAUCUACUGAGAGAGGACAUCGACUACUGCUCCAUCACUCUGGUGGUGAAGAGUGGUGUGGAGGUGCAGCCGUGUCCCGUCAAGGUGUUGGACACCGACACCAUCACACAGGUCAAAGACAAGAUCCUAGACCAGAUCUAUAAAGGAGCUCCCUUCUCACAGAGACCUGCUGCAGACUCACUAGACCUGGAAUGGAGAUCGGGGCAGGCGGGUCACCUGACUCUGUCAGACGAUGACGUCACAGCAGUCGUCCAGGGACGCUGGAAGAAACUCAACACUCUGCAGCACUACAAGGUGCCAGACGGAGCGACCGUGGCUCUGAUCCCCAGAUCAGCUGUCGUCAUGGGGAUACCCCAGGUCUACCAGACUGGAGAGAAGAUGCCCAUGUUGGAGGGGGGGGAGGGGCUGAGACUGUGGCACCUGGUGAAGUCCAACGAGGAACCAGAGGUCCCCAAACACAGCAGCAUGAGAGAGAGGGAGAGGGCCAAGGCCAUACCAGAGAUAUACCUGACACGACUACUAUCUAUGAAGGGGACGCUGCAGAAGUUUGUCGACGAUGUGUUCGUAGCCAUCCUCAACACCAAGUGCCCUCCUCCCAUCGCUGUGCGCUUCUUCUUCGACUUCCUGGAUGACAUGGCGGAGAAACACGGCAUCGACGACCCCGAGACCGUGCACAUCUGGAAGACCAACAGCCUGCCUCUGAGGUUCUGGGUGAACAUCUUGAAGAAUCCUCAGUUUGUGUUGGACGUUCAGGUGACGGAUAGCGUGGACGCCGUCCUCUCGGUCAUCGCUCAGACGUUCAUCGACUCCUGCACCACCUCCGAACACAAAGUCGGACGGGACUCUCCGGUGAACAAGCUGCUCUACGCCAGAGAGAUCCCCAGAUACAAGCAGCUGGUUGAGAGGUACUACAGUGACAUCCACAGUGCAGCGUCUGGCUGUUACCAAGAAAUGAACUCUACUCUAACAGAGUUGUCUGGGAGUUUUGCCUCAGAGAUGAACAGUCUGGUGGCUCUGCACGAGCUGUACAAGUACAUCAACAAGUACUAUGACCAGGUCAUCGUGUCUCUGGAGGACGACGCAGCUGGACAGAAGAUGCAGCUGGCCUAUCGUCUACAGCAGGUCGCCGCCCUGGUGGAGAACAAGGUCGCUGACCUUUAACCCCUGAUCUCUGACUCCUGACCUGUGGCCUUAGAGCAGGUCGCCUCCCUGGUGGAGAACAAGGUCACUGACCUUUAACCCCUGAUCUCUGACCUGUGGCCUUAGAGCAGGUCGCCGCCCUGAGGGAGAACAAGGUCACUGACCUCUAACCCCUGAUCUCUGACCUGUGGCCUUAGAGCAGGUCGCCGCCCUGAGGGAGAACAAGGUCACUGACCUUUAACCCCUGAUCUCUGACUCCUGACCUGUGGCCGACAGCAGGUCACCGCCCUGAGGGAGAAUAAGGUCGCUGACCUCUAACUAGGGACGGAAUGUGAAAAGGGCCCUGUCAGUCAAAACCCACACAGCGCCUGACGUCAUGUAUAGCAUGUUACUGUACAGCCACUGAGCUCUGACGUCAUGUGUAGCAUGUUACUGUAUAGCAUGUUACCGUACAGCCACUGAGCUCUGACGUCAUGUAUAGCAUGUUACUGUAUAGCAUGUUACCGUACAGCCACUGAGCGCCUGACGUCAUGUAUAGCAUGUUACUGUACAGCCACUGAGCUCUGACGUCAUGUAUAGCAUGUUACUGUACAGCCACUGAGUUCCAAUUCAGGGCGUUUAUCCAAAUCUGCCAUUUACAGGAACGAGGGUGAAGGGUUAACAUAACAAAAGCUGUGCCAAAUAAUGCAUCUUACAACAUCUGUAAAACAGACCUUGGUCUCAGUAGUACUUCCUGAUCUAACAAACAGACCUUGGUCUCAGUAGGACUUCCUGAUCUAACAAACAGACCUUGGUCUCAGUAGGACUUCCUGAUCUAACAAACAGACCUUGGUCUCAGUAGGACUUCCUGAUCUAACAAACAGACCUUGGUCUCAGUAGUACUUCCUGAUCUAACAAACAGACCUUGGUCUCAGUAGGACUUCCUGAUCUAACAAACAGACCUUGGUCUCAGUAGGACUUCCUGAUCUAAUAAACAGACCUUGGUCUCAGUACUUCCUGAUCUAAUAAACAGACCUUGGUCUCAGUAGGACUUCCUGAUCUAACAAACAGACCUUGGUCUCAGUAGGACUUCCUGAUCUAAGAAACAGACCUUGGUCUCAGUAGGACUUCCUGAUCUAACAAACAGACCUUGGUCUCAGUAGGACUUCCUGAUCUAAUAAACAGACCUUGGUCUCAGUAGGACUUCCUGAUCUAAGAAAGGAUAAAUCAAUCAAACAGGCAGCAGACAUCAUAGCAAUAAGUCUCACAGGGGGAUGUACUGGGGAAUAUAAAGGACAAGAAGGCUGGAAUAGUUUAAACCUGCAACACCAAGUCUGACCAGAAGAGGGGGCUGUGGUGGAGUUGAGCAGAUUUGAGUCAUUUUAAAAACCAGCUGUGUUGAGCAGGUUGUUACAUUGAACACACACCCACUGUAUAGAAACUCAUUUAUUCUUUGUAAAUAGUGCCUACUUAUAUUCCGUCCCCAAUCCCAUACCAACCAAAGCUGCCUUUUGUCAACUUUUGAAACAACUUAAAGUGUAUAAUAUUUUUGAAGUCAAACAACUCUGGCGAACCUGUUUUUAAUUUGUAAAGAUAACAGGGAAAAGCUGGAGAUUCUCUUCUGAUGAUCUGAGGUGAUUGUCUUAUCUCACGUCUGACUGACAGAACCUGUUACAGAUGGUGACCCCUGACCUUUCCUGUUACACGCGGUGACCCCUGACCUUUCCUGUUACACGCGGUGACCCCUGACCUUUCCUGUUACACGCGGUGACCCCUGACCUAUCCUGUUACACGCGGUGACCCCUGACCUAUCCUGUUACACGCGGUGACCCCUGACCUAUCCUGUUACACGCGGUGACCCCUGACCUAUCCUGUUACACGCGGUGACCCCUGACCUAUCCUGUUACACGCGGUGACCCCUGACCUAUCCUGUUACACGCGGUGACCCCUGACCUAUCCUGUUACACGCGGUGACCCCUGACCUAUCCUGUUACACGCGGUGACCCCUGACCUAUCCUGUUACACACGGUGACCCCUGACCUAUCCAGUUACACGCGGUGACCCCUGACCUAUCCUGUUACACGCGGUGACCCCUGACCUAUCCUGUUACACGCGGUGACCCCUGACCUAUCCUGUUACACGCGGUGACCCCUGACCUAUCCAGUUACACGUGGACUGUAGUGACGCCUCUUGCACUGAGAUGUAGUGCACUACUUUAGACCAGAGCCCUAUGGAACCCUAUUCCCUAUGGACCCUGGUCUAUAGUAGUGCCCUCUAUAGGGUGCCAUUUUAGGUUGCACACUUUGACCCAUCUCCUGGUUAGUGGACAUACAGAUCUGUUAUGUAUUAAUCUGUCUUGGUUAGAGAUUAUGUAUUAAUCUGUCUUGGGUUAGAGAUUUUAAAGAUAUUAAUCUGUCUUGGGUUAGAGGUUCUUUAUGUAUUAAUCUGUCUUGGGUUAGAGGUUCUUUAUGUAUUAAUCUGUCUUGGGUUAGAGAUUAUGUAUUAAUCUGUCUUAGUUAGAGAUUAUUUAGGUAUUAAUCUGUCUUGGUUAGAGAUUCUUUAUGUAUUAAUCUGUCUUGGGUUAGAGAUUUUAAAGGUAUUAAUCUGUCUUGGGUUAGAGGUUCUUUAUGUAUUAAUCUGUCUUGGGUUAGAGGUUCUUUAUGUAUUAAUCUGUCUUGGGUUAGAGAUUAUGUAUUAAUCUGUCUUGGGUUAGAGAUUCUUUAUGUAUUAAUCUGUCUUGGGUUAGAGAUUAUGUAUUAAUCUGUCUUGGGUUAGAGGUUAUGUAUUAAUCUGUCUUGGGUUAGAGGUUCUUUAUGUAUUAAUCUGUCUUGGGUUAGAGAUUAUGUAUUAAUCUGUCUUGGGUUAGAGAUGAUGUAUUAAUCUGUCUUGGGUUAGAGAUUAUGUAUUAAUCUGUCUUGGUUAGAGGUUCUUUAUGUAUUAAUCUGUCUUGGGUUAGAGAUUAUGUAUUAAUCUGUCUUGGGUUAGAGAUUCUUUAUGUAUUAAUCUGUCUUGGGUUAGAGAUUCUUUAUGUAUUAAUCUGUCUUGGUUAGAGAUUCUUUAUGUAUUAAUCUGUCUUGGGUUAGAGGUUCUUUAUGUAUUAAUCUGUCUUGGGUUAGAGAUUUUAAAGGUAUUAAUCUGUCUUUGGUUAGAGAUUUUUUAUGUAUUAAUCUGUCUUUGUUAGAGGUUCUUUAUGUAUUAAUCUGUCUUGGGUUUGUACAGUUAUAUUGAUGAAUGGUAAUCUUAAUAACUUUUCCUUCCUAACACUUUGUUCUCUGUGUUUGAAGCUCCUGGUCAUGAAUGUGGCUUGAUUUAUUGACAGUGGGCAGCCUCCAAAAUCACACCCUAUGCCCUUUACAGUGAACUGCGUUUAACCAGACUAGUGCACUAUAUAGGGAAUAGGGUGCCGUUUUAGGGACGCAGACGGUGUGAUUUUAAAGGAUGUUUUUUGACUUGGCUGUGUUGUACACUGUUUUGAUUGGAGCGGUUUAAAAGGUUGAAGUCAAUUCCUUCCUAGUCAUUUCUACAAACCUGUUUGCGUUCCAGGCCGACAACGUUCCAGAUGCAUCCACCCAUUGUUCUGCACCACGUCAUUGAGUGGCACAAUCGGGCCUCAGAUUGCUAUGUAAUAGGAUGUGGUUAGGUGUUUAACAUAACAGCUAUCUAGGCAGGCAUCUGCAGUGUAGUCGUCCUGGAACGUGUCCGCUGUGUUCCUUCCUGUUACUAGUGAGUGUUAUGUUGCAUGUUCUUUUCUGAACCGGUGUCUGGCUCGAAGGACUGUAGUUUUAACUGAACCGGUGUCUGGCUCGAAGGACUGUAGUUUUAACUGAACCGGUGUCUGGCUCGAAGGACUGUAGUUUUAACUGAACCGGUGUCUGGCUCGUAGGACUGUAGUUUUAACUGAACCGGUGUCUGGCUCGUAGGACUGUAGUUUUAACUGAACCGGUGUCUGUAGUUGUAGUUUAGUGAUUCUCUGCAUGCAUGUGUUUUAUUAAUCGUCUACAAUCAGAGCAGCAAGGGAACCCUACCUCCUACAUAGUGCAUCACUUUAGACCAGAGCCAUCUGGGCUUCCCACCUGGGCUUCCCCACCUGGGCUUCCCAUCCGGGCUUCCCCACCUCGGCUUCCCCAUCCGGGCUUCCCCACCUGGGCUUCCCAUCCGGGCUUCCCCACCUCGGCUUCCCCAUCCGGGCUUCCCCACCUGGGCUUCCCAUCCGGGCUUCCCACCUGGGCUUCCCCACCUGGGCUUUCCAUCCGGGCUUCCACACCUGGGCUUUCCAUCCGGGCUUCCCCACCUGGGCUUUCCAUCUGGGCUUCCCCAUCCGGGCCCCAUCCGGGCUUCCCCACCUGGGCUUCCCAUCCGGGCUUCCCCACCUGGGCUUCCCAUCCGGGCUUCCCCACCUGGGCUUUCCAAUUUUCCCUGGUCUAAAGUAGUGCACUAUGAAGGGAAUAUGUGAUGUUAACUGUUGUGUUUUUCUACUGGCUGUACAAUUUUAUAUUCUUUCCCAUUCAGGGUCAUCAACAAAACACAGGUCUGGAACUAUUUUAAUGAAGAGGUCUCUAUCAGAGAAACUAUUUUGUAUCCCCUAUGCCAUCCUAUUCCCUAUAUAGUACACUACUUUUGGCCCGGUCAGGCUAGGGACAAUAAUCCAACUCAAAUGUGACACUAAACAGUAGUUUGUAAUGACAUUGGGGAGUUGAGAGAGAGCUGGAGAUCAGCCACAUGUCUGUCACUCUGGCAUGUGUCUAGUGUGACACCAGAUUGUGUCUAGUGUGACACCAGAUUG